GCGGCGGGCCGGUGGUCCCGAGGGCCGCGCUCCCCUGCGGCGGCCCCGCGUUAGGGGAGGGCCUGCAGGCGGGCGGGGCCGGCGCUCUGCGCGGUGCAGGGCCGCCUCCCCGCUGCGGGAGCAAAGCUUGGGGCCGGGCUUCUUGGGCUCCCUGGGCAGCGCGGGCCGGGGUUUCCCGAGUCGGCCCCUCCUGCUAGCGCGCUGGCCCUGCGCGCACUCACGGUCAUGUGCGUGCCCGCGUUAGCCCUCAAAAGCGUUGCAUGUUUGCGCAGAGACGCGUGCCGCGCGCACAUACGCACGCGGGCGCACACACACGUACGCGGGCGCUCCCUCGGUGUGGAAGCGUCCAUUAGGACGCCAACUUUUAGGGAUUUUUGCCCAUUUCAUUUUCACCACUUAUGUGCAUGUAUUAUCGGCACGGGCUUUCUGGCGAGAAGCCCACCCUCUCAUCUAACCUGUCCCUGAAAUACUGGGAGUCACCAAACGAGGCUGCCUUGAGAAAUGAGUGAUGCUCAGCCGCCCAGCCACGCAGAGUUUAACUGGAGUGAUCUGUUCCCCAUAUGGCGCUGGCACCGACAUUUGGGACUGCAAGCUGAAGGCCCAAACUUCUUGUUGGAAGGCUCCCACUUCCAGAUUUUUGGGGGUUCUAUUCACUACUUUCGAGUGCCCAGGGAAUAUUGGAGAGAUCGAUUGCUGAAGUUGAAGGCCUGUGGCUUAAACACUCUCACUACGUAUAUUCCCUGGAAUCUCCAUGAACCAGAAAGAGGGAAGUUUAACUUCAGUGGGAACUUGGACGUAGAGGCCUUUGUCCAGAUGGCAGCAGAUAUUGGGCUAUGGGUGAUUCUGCGCCCUGGUCCCUACAUCUGCAGUGAAUGGGACCUUGGGGGCUUGCCCAGCUGGUUGCUCCAGGACUCCAGCAUGGAGCUGAGAACAACCUAUGCCGGUUUCCUGAAAGCUGUGGAUCGGUAUUUUAAUCAUCUGAUUCCCAGGGUGGUUCCGCUGCAGUAUAAACAGGGAGGGCCCAUCAUAGCCGUGCAGGUGGAGAAUGAAUAUGGCUCCUACGACAAGGACUCCAACUACAUGCCCUACAUCAAGAAGGCCCUGAUGAGUCGAGGGAUCAAUGAGCUGCUUAUGACAUCAGACAACAAGGAUGGCCUGAGUGGAGGCUACUUGGAAGGAGUGCUGGCUACCGUCAAUUUAAAGCAUGUGGAUUCCAUGAUUUUCAACUAUCUCCAUUCAUUCCAGGAAAAUAAGCCCACAAUGGUGACAGAAUAUUGGACAGGAUGGUUUGACACAUGGGGUGGCCCCCAUAACAUCGUGGAUGCCGAUGAUGUGGUGGUCACUGUUUCCUCCAUCAUCCAGAUGGGCGCCUCCCUCAACCUUUACAUGUUUCAUGGAGGAACUAACUUUGGUUUCAUGAACGGGGCUCAGCAUUUUGGUGAAUACUUGGCUGAUGUCACGAGCUAUGACUAUGAUGCCAUACUGACUGAAGCUGGGGAUUAUACACCUAAGUUCUUCAAGCUGCGGGAAUUCUUCAGCACCAUCAUAGGUAAUCCACUGCCCCAGCUGCCUGCCUCCACCCCAAAGGCCUCCUACCACGCCGUGAGGCCCUCACACUACCUGUCCCUGUGGGAUGCCUUGGAGCAUGUGGGCAAGCCACUUGAGUAUGAGAAGCCUGUCAACAUGGAGAACCUGGAAGUGAACCAAGGCAAUGGUCAGUCCUAUGGGUACAUACUCUAUGAGACUUCUAUCUAUGAAGGAGGCACUCUUUUCUCCAAGGACCACAUUCGGGACCGGGCCCAGGUGUUUGUGAACAGGAUAUACGUUGGUUCCAUGGACUAUGAAAUUGAAGGACUGCCUAUCCCAGAGUAUCAGGGUCACCGUAAGCUGAGUAUCCUGGUGGAGAAUCGUGGUCGAGUCAACUAUGGGCAGAAGCUCAAUGAGCAGCGGAAAGGAUUAAUUGGUGAUAUCUAUCUGAAUGAAUCCCCUCUACGGAAUUUCAAAAUCUACAGCCUUGAGAUGAAAGAAAACUUCUUCCAGAGUCUUUCCUCCAUCAAGUGGAAUCAGGUUCCAGAGGAAGCCACAGGUCCAGCCUUCUUCCGGGGGACUCUUCACAUUGACUCCAUAGUGCUGGAUACUUUCCUGAAGCUGGAGGGCUGGUUCAAGGGAGUGGUGUUCAUCAAUGGUCAGAACCUUGGGCGCUUUUGGAACAUUGGUCCCCAGGAAACACUCUACCUCCCAGGCCCUUGGCUACGUCCUGGAAACAAUGAGAUCAUCGUGUUUGAGGAACAGAAGUCAGGGAUGAUCAUUCAGAGCACGGACACACCCUACCUAGGCAGGACCCACUACAUCGAAUUGUAGAUAAAGGAGAGAAAAUCUUCCACCAGAGUGGUAUUGUUGAAUCUGAUCUUCCUGUGUGAGCUGCUGUGGGUCUCUAUUCUAGAUGGCGAGACCAGUAGGUAAGAAGACAUUUAGCUUCGAAGCUUCCAAUCUCUGAUCAAUCAGUUGGGAUGCAAAUAUCACUCUUUGUUUUAGCCCUAGUAGUGAUUUAAUCUGGACGUUGCUAAAGGCAGAGCCUGCUGCUAUCUAUCAAGGUCUUUCUGGGUCUUUCUCAUCUGCUGAAGAAGACAGGUUAAUAUCAACACUGACAGUUGGGGGUUGGGGAAAGAUGUGGAGCCUGAGGGACACUUUGACCUUCCUUUUCCCUCCCUCCCCCCAAAAAUGCUCUGUUUGCAGGAUGUAAGACAUUCUCCCUCCUUCCUCCCCCCCUCCCCAAACCUCCAGAGCAGAGAUGUGAUGUAACUUGAGUAGAGGCCAAAGGAUGGGGGGUAGUCAGGGCAGGAGGGCUCAGCCAAUUUAUGUAACACCCCAUUUAAAAAAUGGAUGUACCCAUUUCCAGUUUUAUUUAAACAGUAAAGGAAGCACUUAUGGAAAGGGAAGGGAGAUGCCCUGAGCUACCACUCUGUACCCCCAAGAAGAGGUCUUUGCAGUGAAUCAUUUAAGCACUCAGGGAAUGUGAGACUACUCUGGCAGAGGGGUCUCUGCCAGAUCCCUAUUAUCUCCCCUCCCACAAAUCACCUUGCUGAUUCUCCUCUCCUGUCUUCUCUUCCCAAAUCCAAACAGCAGGAGAGGUCGAGGGGAAAGAGACCAGCUCUGGCCUUCCCCUUUCUUUGAGAAUUGUUUCCUUUUUCCACUGUUGAGGUGUUGUGGAAAUGAUGCCCAGUGGGUUGGUUCAGUUGUAUCUGAAUUGCAAUAAAGUCCUUGCUUCGAGUUUUGCCUAAAUUCCACUAGUAAGAGCUCGUUUGUGCCAGGAGGCAAAAUAGGGUGAAGGUAGGCCACCACCUGCCUUUUGGACAACUCUGGGGCAUGGGAGGAGGAUUAGUCCACUCUUAAAUUAUCCUGGGCCCUUGAUUUUCUUAAUCUGACUCCUUUGCAGUCCUUGCUUUUCUGGCUUUACAGUGCCCAAUGGCAGCUCUCUCCAGGACGGGGUGGGCUGGGGCACCAAGGAAGGGAGAGGAAAUUCUGUCAGCAAUCUUCCUCCUAGGCAAUGGAGGAGAAUGAAAUGCGCCUUCACCCUGCUGUGUAUCAGCCUAGGUGGCUAAGGGCUCUGAUUUGAACAAAAUCCCUCCACGCAGCAAGAGACUGGGGAAAACCUGGUUGGGAGGCCCUGAGGGAAACCAUGGGGGUGGUUUUGAAAAAGUUGUGCUUGAAAAAUAAGACCCACAGGCUGAAGGUUAGGGUUUUGCGGACCAGCUGGGGAGGUAGCUAAAUUUUCAUCAUGAGGAUUUAUACCUCAGGAAUGGAAACUCUCAAACUGAAACAUUCAUUUUGUUGGUUAUUAGACCAGUGACUUCAAACUCAAAUAGAAACAGGGGACCAUUAAUCCUGACAUAAGAUAAUCCUGACAUAAGGCCACAUACUGACCUACUUUUUAAGAUGUAAUUUUUACCUAUGUUUUAUUUCAUCUUAUUUAUUUUGUUAAAUAUCUCCCAAUUACAUUUUAAUCUUAUUUUGUCAGCCCAGGAAUGCUUGAA